CUCCUAUUAUACGGUGAGCCCAAAUUCUGAGGCCCACGAAAUAAUCCAUUCUCCUCCAACCUUCCUCAGGUUUAUGGAGGGUUUUAGGGAGGAGAGAGAAAGAGAAGGAAAAGCUCGAAGAAUAAGCAACAAUGGCGAUUUACAGUCAGAAACGACUUAUUCUCUCUCUUCGUCAACCAUUUCAAUCUUAUCGCAAAUUCAUCUCCUCCAUUUCUCGCUUAUCCUCUCAUUCUUCUUCUUCUCCUCUUCAUUCCUUAAAACCUAAUUUCCGAUCAUCUCCACUAUCUUCUACCUCAAGAUUUCUUACAUCCUUUGGUUUUCCGCCAUCGAUACACAAUCGGAGCUUCCGGAGUAACAUCAAUGGCGGUUCUCGAAGCUUCGCGACUCGAUUAUCGGAUUCAUCGUCGAGCAAUAAUCGACCGCCGAAGGAGACGAUGAUGCUUGAAGGUUGCGAUUACGAGCAUUGGCUUGUUGUUGUUGAACCUCCUGAUCCUCAGCUCACUCGUGAUGAAAUUAUUGAUGGUUAUAUCAAAACCCUAGCUCAUGUUAUCGGAAGUGAAGAAGAAGCUAGAAUGAAGAUUUAUUCUGUUUCUACACGCCAUUACUUUGCUUUUAGUGCUUUAAUGUCCGAGGAGCUCGGUUACAAGCUUAAAGACUUGCCAAAUGUUCGAUGGGUUCUCCCAGAUUCUUACAUGGAUGUUAAAAACAAAACCUAUGCUGGUGAGCCUUUCAUCAAUGGACAGCCAGUUCCAUAUGACCCAAAAUAUCAUGAAAUAUGGGUUCGGAACCAUGAAGAAUCCCUGAGAAAUAUGAACAAGAAUCGGACGAGGCAGAGGGAUCCAAACUUGCGAUCAAGAUCACCUCCAUCUUCACCAGCACGUGGCAAUUCGAACCAGAAUUGGUUAUCUGUCCCUAGUCCUCAAAAUCAGGAUCUACAGACAUCAAUCAGGGAAAACCAGACUUCUCAGUGGCAGCAGGACUGGAUUCCUCCUGCUGAUUCUCCAAAUGAGACUGUCCAGUCAUCUAAAAUUCAGAUCCCUUCCAACAUGCAGAAUCAGGCUCCUCCUGUCUAUUCUCAGAAUCAGGCUCCUCCUGCAUAUUCCCAGAACCAGGCUCCUCCUGCAUAUUCCCAGAACCAGGCUCCUCCUGCAUAUUCCCAGAACCAGGCUCCUUUAGCAUAUUCUCAAGAUCAGGCGGCUCUGGCAUAUUCCCAGAAUCCGGCUCCUCCAACCUAUUCCCGGAAUCUGGCUCCUCCAAGUUAUUUACAAAAUCGACCUCCUCAACCUUCCCACAAGCAAAACAACUUGAAGCCUUGGGCCUCACCCCCUCCACCUCUUCCGCCAUCUGAGCCUUCAGCUACAAUGGAUCCCAACCCUCAGAGCUGGGGAAGCCAGAGCCACAGCUGGGAGCCUCCAAUGGGUUCCGGGACUGAAGCUCGAUAUUCAUCUCAUUUGCAGAACCAAACACCUCCACCUUCGUCCACAUCGAACCCAUAUGAUCCAGGAAGGACUGUUAACAGCCCGCACUGGGAGACUGCCACUAAAUACCAAACUCAGCCUCCACAAUCCCCAAACCCAAACGACAAUUUUUCAUACAACAAUACGACACCUUCAGCUCCUGGAAGCAACGUGCCAUAUCGAGGCCAUAAUUGGGGGCCUGCCUCAGCACACCAGAAUUGGUCCCAACUGCCACCAAAUUCAAACAAUUUUUCAUACGAUAUUGUCCCACCUUCAAGUCCUGGCAGGGGCAUGCCAUCACAAAUGCAGAACCCGAACUUCUAUGGAGAAAGCAUGCAACCUCAAGUUCAGCAAAAUGAGUAUACCUCCUGGGAUAUUCCACCUCAUGCUCAGAGUGGUGGUUCCUCGAAUGGUUACCCUUCACAGUCUCUGCAGCAGCAACAAUAUUUGGGUAGUCACAAUACUUACAGAGAUGUGCAAAGUUCAAAGUCGGUGAUAACUCAUCGAAGUGCACAAAAUUUUCACAAUGCGACUGUGGUACCUCCAUCACCUGCAAGGGACAUGCCCUCUCACAUGUGGGAUCGAGAUUCCGCUAAACUAGACAAGCCAGCUGAAGUACAGCAGAAUGGUUAUUACAGUAGUUUUCCACAUCAUGGGCAUAAUGGCAGAGCUCAUACCGGCUAUCCACCACAUACUUCUCAAUAUCAACAAUAUCAGAACUCCUCCAGAGACCUCCAAAGUUCGAAUCCAACGGAAUCGCCUCAGAGUUGGAAUUACCAGAAUAUGACCCCUUCCAUGCCGAUUUCUCAUGCAGUGCAGACUCAUCAGUUCCAGGGUAAAGACAUGCCCAGGCCAAUGCAAAACAGUGAAUUUGAACAUAACGUUAGAUCAAGUGCACAAAAUUUUGAUUACAAUGGGGGGAGAAUGCCUAAUGAUAUGAGCAUGGAGACCGAGCAUAUUAGAGAUUACCAGGAACGCGACAUUCCUGGUGAUGAUUAUAUGUAUGCAUCAAAAUGAUGGGAGAUUUUGGUUACACUUUGAUGAAUGUCAUGCAAUAACACAUGCAUGUCAUCUAUUUACAAUGUAUAAUAUGAAUAUGCUUGUUUUGUAUACAUAUGUAGUUUCAUUGAGGCUUUA